AUGGUUAAUUACAAAAAUUGGAUUGGAGAGAUCAACGACGAUACUAAGAUCUCAAAGUUGUCAAUUCCUGGUACUCACAAUUCUGCAGCUUGUCACACUGCUUUACCAUCAGUACAAUGUCAAGGCGCUAGUGUCACUGAGCAAUUGGAACACGGUGUUAGAUUCCUUGAUAUUAGAGUGGGUAAGUUAUUCGUUGGUGAUAACAAAAAGGAUUUGCAGGUCAUUCAUGGAAAAUUUCCAGUCAAGAUCCCAUUUCCUUUGAAAUUGACUGAGGUAUUGGAUGAAGUUUAUACCUUUCUUGAACACAACAGAAGCGAAACAGUUAUUGUUUCUCUCAAACAAGAAGGUUCUGACGACUGGGACAACCAGCAUGACGAAUUCGGUAAAUUGAUCUGGGACCACUACGUCAAUCCAAACAAGGACAGAUGGUACUUGAACACGGAUAUUCCAAGAGUUAGAGACGCUCGUGGUAAAGCUUUGUUAUUCAGAAGAUUUGGUGUUCAAGAUGAGAACUUGAGACGCCAAUUUGGUUUCGGUGCAUCAUCGUGGUCAUACAACACCACCAAUGACGAUCGUGGAUCUUUUGUUGUGCAAGAUUUUUGUGAAGUGCAAUCUGCUGACGACUUGCCAAAGAAAAUCCAAUACGUCAAAGAUUUGGCUAAAAGGGCACAAGAUUAUACAAACAGCCAUGAUGAUAAGUUGUUUCUCAACUUUACAUCUGGUUCUAACUUUUUUGACAAGAAUUGUUGGCCAGAGCCAAUUUCCCAAGCCAUGAUUAAAGGUAACAUUCAAGAAACUUUCCAGAAGGGUGUGGGAAUUAUUGUUUUGGAUUAUGCCGAGGCUGAUAACUGGAAAAUGGUUAAAGAAUUGACCGAUACAAACUUUUAG